AUGGAACAUUUUGAACCUAUUCCACUUCAAUUAAUACCAACCAAUUGUCAAACCAUCUGUGAUGAUGACGAUAAAUCACCCAACCAAGUAAUCAUCCUACUUGAUAUUACAAAUCAACAAAAUUUAGCAUCACAAAUUGUCUUUGUACUUGAUUUUAUUAAAUCUUCACCCAACCACGUUCAUUUUGACCUCUUGGUUCAUCAACACAAAUCCCCUCCAAGAGAAAUUUCAUUAAAUAGAACCAAAAAUGAUAUGGUAUCUGAUUUAAAUAAAUUUAAAAAUGAAUCAAAUCAUAAUCAAACUAUAGAUAUGGCCUCUUCUUUUAAAUGUCUUUUUAAAAGUUUGGGAGAUUCAGUGUCAGAAUCAUUGGACCAAUGUUUAUUAUCAAUCAGACCCAAGUCGUCACAAAAGGGAGACCCAGUCAUUGUAUUGUUUUCAUAUGCUUUGCCACCUCGUCCAAAUCAAAGACUACUCAAAUCCAUUAGAAACAUUCAAUCACAGUCUGUACACUUACUUGCUGUGGUCCAGAAUGGAAUCAUUAGCAAUCAAUUGGAUAAUUGUCCUAUCUUUUAUCCAUUGAAAAUGAAUGACCUCUUGUCCACAUUAUUUAAACAACAAAACAGUGAUUUCUCCAUUGAGGUAAUCUUGGACCAAGAGAGCAAGGCCCAAAAACUCAAUGAAAACGUAGUUUUGAAAAUGUCAAUCAAACCAGAAAACAAACCACUUCCACCAAAAUCAUAUCUUCAAAUUGGAAGAAAUGAAUUUUAUUAUGGUGUCAACAUUUGUUUGGGUGAACAAGGAGUCCAACCAGAUGAAUCAAGAACUAUCCCGUUUACUCUCAAACCAAUUCAAAAUACUUUUGCCACUCGUAUGCCACCUAGUCGCAUUCAGUUUAAAAUUGUCCAAGACCCAACAAAUGAAAAGGUCAAAGUUUUAACUCAGGGCUACUUUAGUAUUCCAACCGCAUUGUUUUCAGGAGAGUUUUUUGAUUUCCAAUUGGUUGUGGUGAUUGAUGGAAAAGCUGGGUCUGGUAAAUCAACAGUUAUCAAUGGAAUCUAUAAUACUUUUCAUGAUAGAGAAAUCAAAUAUCCAUAUUUUACAUCAAAUUGUGGUGCUGUACAUGGAACUCAUGCAUUCAACUUUACUCCAAUGUGUGAUAUCCUACAAAAAAACUCAAAACUCAAUAGUCUCCUCAUCAAAGAUAUCAUUGACAACCUAAAUGUCACUGUUGUAGAUAAAAAGGGAUACACCGAAUCUGAUACAACCCCAGUGAUAAGUGGAUUAUUAAAUGGUCAGUUCCGUCACAAUGAAACCAGACUCUAUCAAGAAACCGAUCCAAACUACAAGGUAAAUGGAUGUAUUCUAGUAGCAUCUAUUAAAUCUUUUGUUUCUGAAACUUCUACAGAUUUUACAAUGAUUAGAACAAAAGUUAGAGAACUUUUAUCAAAUAAGAUACAUCCUAUUUUAGCCAUUACAUUUCUUGAUGAAUUAAGUGAGAAUGAAAUGACACUACCAAAAGCCAAUAUUGCUACGCUUGGAGUUGAAGUGGGAAAUAUUUUCUAUAUGGAUAAUUACCUUGGUCACACCAAGGAGAGAAUGAUUGAAAAGGAUUACCAAAACUUUGAAUUAUUACUUUGUGCCAGAAAACUUGCUGAAAAUUAUAUUAAUAAUUUAUAA